UUCUGUCAAUUAUACUGUCAAGUGUCAAAUAAAAAAUUAUACUAUUUACUAUCAGUUUACUAUUCAAAACUAUUAAACAUUUAAACUUGCUUACAAUAGAAAAAAUAUUAUAGUAAACAAACGAAUUGUUUAUUUUUAGGUGAAAUUUUGAAUGUGUUACCAUAAAAGCUUAUAACAAAACACUAUAAUUUCUAUUUCUAAAAUGGACAGUGAGAUGAAUUUCAAUGAUGUUUUUUUUAAUUAUUACUUUUUAAUAGGAAGUUUAUUUUUGAGUUAUUUGAUUUAUCGUUUUAUUCACUCCCUUUUGGUGACAAUAAUUUUAUGCAAACGAAAUAUAAGGAUCGUGGUCAUACAUGGAGAAGUAUACAAUGUAAUAAAUCAAUUCCAUAUAACAUUUAUUGUACUAUAUGUGUUGAGCUAAUGCUACCUGUGGCUGGAUUAUUCUGUGAAUGUUGUGGAGUGAGCGCAUGCAAAAAGUGCUAUAAGAUUGUGGAUAAAAAGUAUUCAUGCAAGCAAGUAUCAUGGCCCAUGGAUAAACCCUUUCUUCAUCAUUGGGUUAAUGUGGGUGUUGCAAGAGGUGAUAACGCAGAGCAUGAAGAAAAUGUAAAAAAAUAUUUCUGCUGUUGGUGCCAAAGGAUCAAAUCUCUAAUAGAUUUUGAGGAAAUAAAAUCAGAGGAAUGUGAUUUUCAGAAAUAUAAACAUUUUAUCAUUCCUCCUACCUCCGUUCAAAUGGAGAAAAAAGUUAUAAAGAACAUAAAACCCUUGCCUGACGAAAACUGGGAACCGCUAAUAGUUAUUGCAAAUCGCAAAUCUGGAAGCAAUAGAGGAGAUGAAGUGCUUUCUCUGUUCAGAGGGCUUCUUAAUCCUAUACAGGUUGUAGACAUAAGCACCAACACUCCCGAGACGGUAGUGCGAUGGCUUCCACCGAAAUGUCGCAUUCUGGUCUGUGGCGGAGACGGAACCGUGGCUUGGGUUCUCAAUUCCCUGGCAACUGCUGAUAAUGUUAAAGCGUCGGUGGCUAUACUGCCGAUGGGCACCGGUAAUGAUUUAUCUCGCGUGCUGGGCUGGGGACCGGGCUGCCCCUCGCACUUGGACGCACACGCUAUCGCUUUUGGCGUCAAGCAAGCUUCGCAACAAUUACUCGAUAGAUGGAAAAUAACAAUAAAGCCGCAGCGGUCUCGGCUCGGCCGGCUGCGCGCCGACCGUGUGCUCUACGCGUACAAUUACGCGAGCAUCGGUGUCGACGCACAAGUCGCGCUGGACUUCCACCACGCCAGGACACAGUUCCUUUAUAGAUACGCCAGUCGAACUUUGAAUUAUGUGGCGUACGCGUGCCUGGGCGUGGGGCGCGCGCUGGACGCGGGCGCGUGCGGCGCGCUGGAGCGGCGCCUGCGCGUGUGGGUGGAGCGCGCGCCGCUGGCGCUGCCGCCGCUGCAGGCGCUACUGGCGCUCAACAUCGCGUCGUGGGGCGCCGGCGUCGACCUCUGGCGAAUGGGAAACGAGGGAGAAGUCCCAGAACAACAUAUAGACGACGGACGACUGGAGGUAGUUGGCAUUUCGUCAUCAUUCCACAUUGCGCGGCUUCAGUGCGGUUUAGCGGAGCCGUAUCGAUUCGCACAAGCUUCUAGACUUAAGAUUGAACUACAAGGGUCCUGCGCGAUGCAAGUGGAUGGCGAGCCGUGGAUGCAGGGCCCCGCCACAAUAUACCUGGAGCCGUCUGGUCAAAGCACGAUGUUACGCGCAAAAACAUAACAUACCUAUUGCCUGAGUAGUUUAAGUACCUCGAAUGCACUUCGGAAUUAAAAAUAUGCCAUUUUGAUCUUAGUAAAAAAAAAAUAAUUUUAAGGCGUUAAGUCAAUGUCCAUUUUGCCAAUUAAUAAAAUUUUAAAUCUCAACUCAUAAAGGUUAACUAUUUCGAAUAUUAAAUUUUAAGGUGAGAUGUUAAAUGGUGAAUUAUGUACUAAACAAAUAAACAUAAUACAACAAA